GACCAAGCCCCCAAAAGCCAGAAAUGAUUUCUUCCAAAGGGAGCCCAAAGGGGCUCAGGGCUGAGUGGGAUGGGACAGAGAUGCUUGGGAUCUAUUUUCCUUUUUAACCUUCAGUUAGUGAAGUGAAUUGAGAAGCUAAACAAAUGGCAUGUGGGAGCUUGUGUUGGCCUAGUGGAGUGGUGGUAAAGAAAGGUCAGUAAGAAAUCUGGAAAGAGAGAGGGAGGAGAGAAAAUAGGACGUGAGUUAGCAGAGCCUCUGCAUGUACCUUUCUUCUCUGCUUAAUUGCAAAUAAAGCAAAAGCAGCUUGGGCAGCCUCUCAGCCUCUUAGCUCAAAAGAGGAACUGCCAGCCCAGGCCUCAGAGGUGUUUGGGGCAGUUCUCAGGCACUUGACAUGCCCCAUCUGGCCUCUUCCUCCUUCUCCCCUCCCGGCUGACCCCCAACUCCAUUCAGCUGGCCAGCCUGGGCCCUGUCCCCAGAAUAUCAGCACCCCCAAAUGGGAUCCAUUUCCAUGUUGGAUGUGUCAAAUUUCGCUUUUCUCCAAGUGUCUCCAUGCCUGAACUUUGAAAGGAGGAGGAACGUUCUGUUUUGGAAUGCAGUGUGUGCAUGGGGAGGCAUGCGCUCAGACAACUUCCCCGGAGCAUAUCUGGCAGAAACUGGAGGCUCCUUGGGUGAGCUAUGCUUUGGUGUCCCCAAGCCGACCCAGUUUGCCGCAUUCAGGUUCUCUGGCGGACUUGGAGACUCUCUUUUUGCAAUCCUUUUACUCCGGAUUCUGUGGAGAUCAAAGGAACUUAUACGCAAAACACUAGACAUUUGGAGUAGGAUUUAUUUUUCAAUUUUUCAAUUGAAAGAAUUCUAAUCAUAAGCCAGUCGGGCCAACUGAGCAACCACUCUAGAACAGCAAAGCCUUAACCAAACAGUGCAAUUGUAAGGUGAGCUGAACAAUUAUUGAAACUGGGGUUUCUCUGCAAGAGGGAUUUCGGCCCUUGCCCAGUGGCACAGAAGGGGCUGGUGGGGCAACCGCUCUUCCCCUGCUCUCAGAAUUGAGAAUUGGCAGGGGUGGGUCCGGCAGCUGCAGAGGCUUCCGGGCAGCCAAGCACCCAGGCCGAGCGCUGAGUCCUGGCGGCCCCGGUGUCCAGGUCGUUGAGCAGCCUCCGGAGGCGCGAGCUAUAGUUGUGGCGCGCGGGCAGCCCGAAAGGGAGUGUGUGUAUCUGUGUGCGAGGCUGGGUGAGUCACAGACAUCUGCGCAGAAGUGGGGGAUCUAGGGAGAGAGAGAAGACUGGCAGAACACAAACUAACCGGGACCUCUGGAAAAGACUGUCCAGCAAAAAUUCCAGACCUCAUCCCUCUCACUUCAGAUUCCCUUCCCCAAGAAAUUAAUAUAUUUCCCAGAGCAGAGUGGAAAGCAAAGGCAGGCAAGAUGAGGCCUGCCCACGAACCCCUUCCCAGCCAGAGUCCAGUCACACCUAUCCUCUCCCCAGUUCAGAGCUGCCCCGGGCCUCCAGCCCCUGGCCUGGAGCAGGUUCAGGCUGGGGUAGGAGCGCUUGACUCGUUCUGAGAAACCUUCAAGUGCCCAGCCUCCAGAGCACCCCAUAGCCUUGGGGACUCCAGGCCAGUGACUGCCCCCCAUGCAGGCCCAUGGCGCCUGCAGAAGGUCCCUCUCCUAUAAUUAGCGCUCAUGAAAAGCAUGUGUUUUGGGCUGGGGAGAUAGGGGGACUGGAGCAGCGAGCGGCAACGCUCCCCCUUUAUUCCUGUACUGUGUUUUUUGAAUUCUGUUUCAAAUCCACUAAUUACAGCUCCGAAAGUGAAAAUCUGUUUUCGCCCGCCAAACCCCCUCGGAAUGCCUGAUUCCGGAGGCCCAAGGGGCAGAGCAACUCGGAGACCUGCGGGCCUGAUGGGGGUGUUCUUUGAUUGCUCUAGGCUUGUUUUAUAGAAACAAAGAACAAGUCCCCCCCCCCCAACCCCUCCCAGGACUUGUGCAUAUUUACAGAGCUCAACUGCAGUUUUAAUAAAACAUCUGUUCUUGCUUCUGCUGAUGAGUUUCCAUAAUUGUUUUCAGACAAAUUUAACAGGAAAAUAGAAAUAUAUUUAGAAAAACCCAAGUCCCAGCUAUCCCCCCAUAGACAGUCAUUCUUUUGCCAAAAAAAUAAAAUUAACGUAAGAUGAGAAAAGGAAAAUAUAAUCCAAUGGAGGGAAAAUCGGGCUCAUCUGACCUGCUCUCCCCCCUUGGAGCGAAUCCUUCCAGCAAAUUUCAGCUGCAUAAUUAAAGAUCCAACUGAAAGAAGGAGGCUUCUUUUCUCAGGAAUGGAAGGUGAUGGGGGAGAGUAUGUUGGAAAUUAAUUUGGCUGAAAAUCUUUAAGCAGUGGGGGAAUUUAUUUGUAUUUCUGCUUCCCCUCCUCUCCCCCUUCUAGCAUUUCUGCCUUUUUCCCCCAGCAGCUGGUUUCUGUUCAUUAUAAAUCGGCGAGACCUUUCAGUCUCUGCCCUCUGUUUAGGGACGUAAUAAAACACUUAACUUUCCGGGGCUGAGACUUACAUUCUGCUCCUCAGGUCGCCCACCCCCGCGCCCACUGCUUUUAGGCCCCAAAUGAGACUAUCCCCAACUUUGGGGCCCCUUUCCCCUCCAGAUUUUGUUUAGGAGGGGCUCAAGGAAAGCCAGGCAUCCUUGCUGGGGAGCUGCAGCACAUGCUUCCCUAGAAGUCCCUUCUUUCUUCCAAGGUCCUUCCUUCCCCCACUCCCCCACCCACCCACCCAUAAAAGAGAUUUAAAAAUACAUAGAAAAUCAACACUCAUUGAAAACGAAACCUCAUUAAGACAUCCUAUCUUCCAUCAUUCAAUUUGUUGUACAUUGCAACAAUUUAAUAUCUUGAAGGAAAUAUCACUGACAUGAUUUAUCCCUCUAGCAAUCUCUCUCUGAAAUGGGGGGGGGGCGGGGAGGAGGGAACUUAUUCUCUCUUCCGGCCUGUUCUAUGUGUUACACUGUUACCCUCAGGGCAGAAAUGAGGCUGGGAACUCUGGGAGCGGCUACUUGUGUCCAGGGGUGCGCUGACUUGUUUCUUAGCUCAGCCCUCUGGGUCUUCGCGCCCCCCCCCCCAGUUCUUUCUCACUCUACCUCUUUGCCCUCCAGGGGGCCUGGAGCCCCAGCCAGCUGUUGAAAACCUCUGUCCAGGCACGCCAUGAAUUUGAGGACAGCUGGAUUCUAGAGCAAAAAUCAAGUCACGCUGGUGUCUGUGUUUAUGUACCUGCCAUGUCACCCCCAAAUGAGACAACUCCUCUCAGAAUUUCCCUCUUAAAUUGGAACCCUCCUCAGUCUUUCACUUUUAUCUCGCUGGGUAGAAGAAAGUAUGGUCCACAAGGGGGAACCUUUAUAAUAUGGGGGUCUUUCCCUUAACCCUUUUAAAUAUCAGCAAAUUUCCCUCCUUUCUGAAGGUUUGGGGCUGUAUUUUUAAGAGCCAACACAAACUGUCAGACAGGGAGACUCCUCAAUCCCCUAACGAGGUUCAUGUAUUAACUAACAUGUUGUCUCCACCAGCUCCUACACACUGUCUGCUUUUGGGUUCGAAACUUUAUUUUUCCCCCCUAGCGACACUCCAGGGAAACCUUAACGUUACAGAAGAUGAAUAAACGAGUUUUUUCCCAGCGUAGUCCCGUUUAUGGCUUUAUUGCUACCCAUUGAUUACUCCGCUUUGUUACACAGAAGGAAAAGAUCAUAAAAUCCGGCGACAUCCGGGUUCUUGUUAUAGCCACCCCCACCCCCAAAAUGGUGAAGAGAAAAAUAUGAGCUUCCACUGCUUCCUUCGCUAGCCCCACCGCCCCCUCUUUGUCAACUCAAAGCAUUUUCAGUCUAUGUCACGAUAUCAAAUUAAGUUUGGAUUAAUCAGGAGAAAACCCACAUCUGCACACCUUCCGCUGUUUCAGUUCGCCCACUGCGGCUCCCUCAAAAGCCUCGUACUCAGCUGCCUUUUUCCUAACCUUCCCUUCAUUUUUCUCGGCCCCAAGGUGGAAAGAAAAUGGGGGUGGGGGCUGCUGAGAGGCCCGGCUCUACCAGGUGUGGCUGGCCCUUGAGGGAGCUCCCCAGGAGCCCUUUGCUGGAAUCUCCCAAGCCCCCAGGGCUCAGGUCCAGGGGUGCCUCCCUUGGCAGGGGCAAGGAGCUUCUGACCUGUGUAGGGGCUCGAGCCUGCCAGACGCUAACUGUCCUUCAGAGCCCCACCAGCCUUGUCUCUCUGCCUGGAUCUUAUGUGAAUUACCCCACCGGCCCUCCCUGGCUCCAAAUCAUAAAUUCUCACCAACAUAAACAGGAGUUGAUGUGUCUAGAAAGAUUCUCAGAGUUCUUUCUUCUUCCUUAUUUUCCUUUCUCUCUCCCACCUUUUACUCCUUUCUCUCUUUUUCUAUUGUAUUUUCGUACAUUUUUCCCUUUUCUACCAAAAUGCUGCAGCAGCUUCCCCCCAAAAAGGGGGUUCUGAGAGGCAGAAGGAGGCUAAAAGGAAGAGGAAGCGGAUGCAUGGCCCUUUUGCCCACUUUAGCUCGCCACUGUACCCUGAAGUCUCAUCCUUACCCCCUUUAGACUUACUUACUCCCUACAUCCCCCUUACACCUAAGCCUACCAGCCACACUCUCCUUCCUCUGAGUGCCACGUUUUAUGCAGUUUCUUUCUACUUUUGAUUUUUUUUUUUUUAAUUACUGGGGUGGGGGAAUCCUGGCUUAGUGAUGAGGACUCACUCCAUGGAGGGUCAAACCAGGAUUUCCUGCAGGAUUUCUGGGGAUUCCCCCCCUGAGCUGGGAAGGGGCUCUUCCCAUGGAGAAAUCAGGGUGUAAUUUUAGAAGGGGGAAGAUAUAAACGAUGAAAUCGGAUCGAAAAUAGAGGGAUUUCUCCAGCCCUGGCUCUAGCCAUAGCACAGUAAAGUUAGCUGGAGCUUAGAGAUUUCCUAGCAGUGUAGCCCCUCUUUCCUGGGCCCCAAGGCCCUGCUAAUGCAUAUUCACCCUUCUCUCACCUCCAAAUCAGUUCCCUAACAUAUAUAUUUUUAGAAGAAAUCCAAGUCUUACUUUCAAAGCACACACUUAGUCUCAACUAGGGAAUCAACAGAAGCAGAAGCGAUUUUUUUCCCCCUUCUUGACAUCUGGCUUGCGAUUGGCUGGAAGGGGGUCAGCUGACUUUGUCAUUUUGUCUGUCCUGGAUUGGAGCCGUCCCUAUAACCAUCUAGUUCCGAGUACAAACUGGAGACAGAAAUAAAUAUUAAAGAAAUCAUAGCCCGACCAGGUAAAGGCAAAGGGAUGAAUUCCUACUUCACUAACCCUUCCUUAUCCUGCCACCUCGCCGGGGGCCAGGACGUCCUCCCCAACGUCGCCCUCAAUUCCACCGCCUAUGAUCCAGUGAGGCAUUUCUCGACCUAUGGAGCAGCCGUUGCCCAGAACCGGAUCUACUCGACUCCCUUUUAUUCGCCACAGGAGAAUGUCGUGUUCAGUUCCAGCCGGGGGCCGUAUGACUAUGGAUCUAAUUCCUUUUACCAGGAGAAAGACAUGCUCUCAAACUGCAGACAAAACACCUUAGGACAUAACACACAGACCUCAAUCGCUCAGGAUUUUAGUUCUGAGCAGGGCAGGACUGCGCCCCAGGACCAGAAAGCCAGUAUCCAGAUUUACCCCUGGAUGCAGCGAAUGAAUUCGCACAGUGUGUGUUUUGUGCCCGGAUCUCUAGGGGUCGGCUAUGGAGCUGACCGGAGGCGCGGUCGCCAGAUCUACUCGCGGUACCAGACCCUGGAACUGGAGAAGGAAUUUCACUUCAAUCGCUACCUAACGCGGCGCCGGCGCAUCGAGAUCGCCAACGCGCUCUGCCUGACCGAGCGACAGAUCAAAAUCUGGUUCCAGAACCGCCGGAUGAAGUGGAAAAAAGAAUCUAAUCUCACGUCCACGCUCUCAGGGGGCGGCGGAGGGGCCGCGGCCGACAGCCUGGGCGGAAAAGAGGAAAAGCGGGAAGAGACAGAGGAGGAGAAGCAGAAAGAGUGACCAGAACUGUCCCUGCCACCCCUCUCUCUCCUUCUCCCUUGCUCCCCCCCAAUUCCCUCCUAAUCACACCCUCUAUAUUUAUCACUGGCACAAUUGAUGCGUUUUGACUCCCUAAAACAAAAUUAGGGAGUCAAAUAUGGACCUGAAAGUCAACUCUGGACCCCUCCCUCACCGCACAAACUCUCUUUCACCACGCGCCUCCUCCUCCUGCUCCCUCGCUAGCUCCUUUCUCGGCUCCUCUGCAGGCCCCUUCCCCCGCCCAGGCCUUGGGGGCUCCGUCCCUGAACCUCGCUUCAGCUCCACAGAUCUCCUUCCAAAUGAGGACUUGGCCUCCCACCCCCUCGGCGCCCCCACCCCCGCCCCUGCGCGGAGAGCUGGCUCCCGGGCCGGGGCCUCCGCUCCGGGGCCUCAGGGCCCGGCCUGGCAGCCGGGGAGGGCGGGAGGCCCAAGGAGAGCGCGUCGUGGCCCCACAGCAACCCCCAGGGCCUCCCCGCAGCCCCUGCCCGGCCCCUCUGCCCCAGCAAAUGCCCAGCCCAGGCAAAUUGUAUUUAAAGAAUCCUGGGGGUCAUUAUGGCAUAUUACAAACUGUGACCGUUUCUGUGUGAAUAUUUUUAGCUGUAUUUGUGGUCUCUGUAUUUAUAUUUAUGUUUAGCACCGUCCGUGUUUCAAUCCCAUCUUAAAAGGGGAAAAAAAAGAGGGAAAAUUACAAAAAGAGAGAAAAAAAAAGUGAAUGACGUUUGUUUAGCCAGUAGGAGAAAACAAAAUAAAUUUAAAAAAAAUCCCCCUCGUGUUACCCUCCUGUAUAAAUCCGACCUCUGGAUCCGUUCUCGAAUAUUUAAUAAAACUGAUAUUAUUUUUAAAAGUUUA